CACGGCCCUCCCAAAAGCAGCGUGUCCGCUGUUCGGACUACACCCGUUUUGCGUUUGUCUCUGAUGCUCAGUUGGAAGUUCCGCCUCAAAGAUGGGUGAUCUUUCCCCUGGCCAGGUGGUCUGUUUAUCUGAUGGCCGAAACGCAAUCAUCCGCUUCAUCGGCAGUACCAGUUUUGCUCCCGGAGAUUGGAUUGGCGUGGAGUUAGGUGAGCCAACGGGUAAGAAUGAUGGAUCUGUCCAGGGAGAACGAUACUUCGACUGUGAACAUGGCUUCGGAAUGUUCGUCAGGCCCGCUGCGGUCGUCAGUGUGCUAGAACAACCCAAACAAGAGGAACGCAAGACGGGACCAAAAGGAGGUCUACACGGAGCUUCCCAGAGAAGCAGACCGCCGAGCGGCACUGCUGGUAGCGGCCUUGUGCCGAAAAAACAAAGCGUACCUGGCCCAAAUGCUUCUAGGAAACAGAGCACCACCUCCAGCCCUUCGCCGGCUCCAAGGCCUGGAGCUCCAGGCCGACCUCUCAGGUCCCCGACAAAAUCGCCCACAAAACAGUUGUCAACCACUUCCCGAACAUCCACUAUUGGGCCGCGCCCUCCCGCCACUGCUUCGAAACCCCGACAGAGCUUAAGCGGCCGUAAUUCAAUGGCUCCCACUCCUACUCCAGUGGCUGCCAAAGGGCCUCGACAAUCUCUAAUGGGUACAUCAAGCAAAGCUUCCCGUCCUCUCAGUCAACCACCUCGACCUACCUUUACCGGUCCGGCCAAACGGAUUUCCCCCAGACCUACAGCCAGUAGUAGAACAACUAACAUCGAAAAGAUCAGGAGCCCAACGAGCGAGUUGAGUGAGGAAACUGGGGAUACCGAAAUCUCCAACACACACUCCGAGUCAAGUAAACCUACAUCCGCUCCUCGAGUCUCCCUUGCUGUACCGCAACGAUCGGUGUCGGGAACCAAUCCUGUACUUAAAGAAGUGGAAGAUCUGAAAACGAAGUUAAGGGUAAUGGAGAAAAAACGAGUAGAAGACAGGGAGAAAUUGAAAUCGCUGGAGACAUUACGAUCCGAAAGGGAUAAAUUCGAGGUGAUCAUCCAAAAGUUACAAACGAAGUAUCAGCCGCAACAGCAGGAGAUUACCCAGCUUCGAAAACAGCUAAAGGAUGCCAUGGCAAGAGUCGAGGAAGCGGAACGCCUUCAGGCUGAACAUGAAUCAAUUGUCGAAAUGGCAACCCUUGAUAGGGAAAUGGCAGAGGAAAUGUGUGAGGCCAUCAAGGCCGAGUUUGAAGCCCUAAAGGAGAAAUCGGAGGAGCUAGAACUAGAAGUUGAAGUGUUGAGGGAAGAGAAUCAGGAACUAGGCCAAGUGAUGAGCCCUGAAGAAAAGUCGAGUCAAGGCUGGCUCCAGAUGGAACGAACAAACGAGAGGCUUCGUGAGGCCCUCAUUCGUCUUCGCGAUAUGACGCAACAGCAAGAGACUGACUUACGGAAUCAGAUCAAAGAAUUGGAAGGGGAGUUGGAGGAUUUUGCUGCUAUUAAGGCUAAUUACGAGAUAGCAAAGGAACAACUUCUUAUUACUGAAGCAAAUAUGGAGGAUCUCAAACAACAAGUUGAAGCUCUCGGCGCUGAGGACAUGAUUGAGGAGCUGGCUGAGAAAAAUAUGCAGUAUCAGGAGCAAGUGAAUGAGUUGAAAGCGGUGAUUGAAGACCUUGAGAGCCUGAAGGAAAUAAAUGACGAACUGGAAAUUAAUCAUAUGGAGACGGAAAAGCAAUUACAAGAGGAAAUGGAUUUCAGGGAGACUAUCUAUCUUGAACAGGCACGAAGAAUGGCUCAACAGGAUGAGGUAAUUGAGGAUCUAGAGUAUACCUUGUCCAAAUUCCGAGAGCUAGUCUCAAAUUUACAGAGCGACCUCGAGGACAUGCGAGUCUCACAGCAGCUCACAGAAACGGAGUCAACUGAGCUCACUGCACGUUCGAGGGCGAUGAUGGACCUAAACAUGAAAUUACAAGCAUCUGUUUCGAAAGCUCAAACGAAAACAAUAGAAGUGGAGCUAGGUCGUAUGGCAGCAGAGGAAUCGGCACAGCAUUUGGAGAUUAUGAAACUUUACCUGCCUGAAUAUUUCGAGAGUGAACGAAAUCCAAUUCUUGCUCUAUUGCGUUUUAAAAGAGUUAGCUUCAAAGCAUCCCUUAUGGCUACCACUGUACGGGAACGGAUAUCCGAUCCCACGUCUCCAUCCGCCGGACAAGACGUGUUUACAGCAUAUGAAGUUCUCGAGAAGUUAACAUGGAUAGCCUCUCUUUGCGACAGAUUUAUCAAUUUCAUAAAUGGCUGCUCCACCGAAGAAUUCUCUGCUUUUGAAGGUGCUGUGUACGAACUUGAACCAGUGGAACGCAUUCUCAAUUCCCGGAUUGAAGGACUGAAGAAAAAUGAGCUUGAUGAAAAGAAAUGUGCGAUUGAGCUCCAGCGAUCGAUCGCGCUACUUUCACAUUUAGCUGAAGCCCUCAUUCCACCUAACCUGGAGUCGCAUGCUGAUAGAAUUUACAUGCGUUCAGCAAUGACACAGACCUAUCUGGACUAUGCUGCUCUAUCAUUUUCCCAACUAAGAUCGACAUUACAGGCUAGGCUUCCACCUCCAAGUGAUGAUGACGAGGAAGGGCUGUUACUAUAUCAAAAAAUCGAUGCGCUGGGCAACCAAACCCGGACCGGAAAAAUAAUUGCUGGAAAAAUUACCCGGUAUUUGGAUGAUUUGAAAUCAAGGUGCCUUGCAUUGACUGAAGACUGCGCGGAUCCUUUUGAGAAAUGCGAGGGGGCAGCUAAGGAACUCUCGGAACUCGCCAGACAGCUCGGGGAAAACAUAGCGUUACUGACUGAGGAGGAAGGGCGAACAGAGCCAGUCACAUAUGCCGAAAUUACUUCCAAUAUGUCACAGACUGUCAUGUCUCUUCUACAACCGUCCUCUGUUGUGGCUGAAUCUGAUGAUAACAACGCUCUGUCCAUAGCUGCCAGUAAACUUCGCAUUUUGGGAUCAUAUCUUGAGGAGGCUUCUAAUGCUUCGUCUGAUCUGACCCAGACUGUUGAGUUUGAACGCCAUCCAGCCCCUUGGACCCUACGGGCGAAUGAACUUAAGUCGAACAAGGUGAUUUCUCCAGAUGCAGAUGAAGAGAUUCGACGUUUAAAGAACGAAGUUCAUGAGACAUCUACUGCACUCGGCGUCAAAGACAAAGCUUUCGAGGAGCAGACAAUUAAAAUCGAGCUUCUUGAAUCGAGAAUGCGUGACGCUGGGAAGAAAGCAGCCUUGGUUAAGGAGCUUGGGUCUAAAUUUGAAGCAUUGCAAGAGAAGGAACAGGAAUUAAUCGGCAUUGUGGAGAAACAGUCAGCCGACCUACAAAACAUGGAGCGUGAACGAGAUGAUUAUAGAGCUCGACUAGAAAAGUUGAAGCGAGCAUCGGGAUCCACUGGCGUCGUUCUUGGUGCAGAUGGCGUCAUGUCUAUCGACGCAGCUGCAUCUUCCGCCGUGAUGAAAGAAAAUGAAGCCCUGCGUGCAGAGGUAGCGAGCUUGCAAUCCGCAGUACGCUUCCUCCGCGAAGACAAUCGUCGUGCGAACUUUAUGGACCCCUAUUCUGUGCAACGUACAAACCACCUGCGCUCUUGGCUGGAUACUCCCCUUGUUCGGCCCAAGAUCGCUCCCGAAGACAAGCGAGCGGAAUACAAUGCUGCUUCUGAAUGCCAGGAUGUUCUCACGCAUUUACUGAAGCUCACGAAAGAAUCCAAAUUCGUGGAUCUCAGGUCCACUCUUCCCCCAGAUGAAGCAAGCCGCCUGUCGUGGCGGCCGAUUAAGUCCACAACCAGGUACCAAGUUCUACGGCAAAGGGAAGAGUACGAGCAAUGGGCUCAAUGGAAAGACGAUGUCGCGCGGCGUGAACGCCUAAGGGCGCGGAAAGAGCAUAAAAGCAUUAAGAAAAACUCGUAUCACCUGGAUACGGCAGAGAUUCCUGCCGAAAUUUCACUGGCCAAGGUCUCUUCUGACUCUCGCCAGGCGAUGGUGUUAAACGAUGCUGGAGGCCAGAACCUUCCUACCAAAGGCAGAGGAGUCAUGGAUCGUGCAUGGAAAAUCCUGGGGAUGCAGGGAGAUGACGAUUCUCAUGAUGAGUCUGAAUAUGGUGAGCCUGGUGAGUUACUGAUACCCUCGUCGCAAGAUCCUCUUUCAUAUUAG